AUGUCCCCGCAAACACCCGCGCGCACGCUAAACGUCCUCGUCGCCCUAACCGACCCCUCUGCCUUCCGCUUUGGCUGCUCCAUCGUCGCGCGCCUGCAUCGCCUCCAGCAUGUCUCGUUGAAGAUCAUCGCAUGCAAGGACUUCCCGACCACGACCCAUACGACUGUCCCGCCCCAGCUCGAGCCCGUCUGGCACACGUAUGACCCUGAAAAGGACACGACGCCUGAGUGGCAACAUGCCGACUACCAAGAGACCAACGUCGCAGAGUACUGCUCAUGGGCCGACUUGCUGGUGCUGGCACCGCUAGAUGCCGAGAACCUCGCCCGCAUGCUUCACGGUUUCACAACGAACCUGCAUUUGAAGAUUCUACGCAGCUGGAAUGUGUCGAAGAAAAUAAUGCUUAUACCGGGAAUGUCCACGCUGAUGUGGGAGAACCCCAUGUCAAGGAAGCAGAUCAGUAAGAUCCGCCGGAAGUGGAAUUGGAUUCGCGUCCUGCCUCCGUUCCUAUGGUCCUUUGACCAUUCAGGGCGAAAGUACCACCCAUGGGUAGAAGGACACAAGGCGUUCAAUGAAUCUAUACAAACCCAGAUCGAUUUGAUGGCAGUCGGUGAUCGUACUAUCGCACUGCCUAUUGCCCACCUCCCCACACUGACACCUACGAGAAGCAAAGGACCCCGUCUCCCACCAGAGCUCUGGUCUAUCAUCCUGGAAUUCACCAAGGACUGGGAACUAGCGACUACCUUGAAUGUCCAUACAAACCUGCCUGUGCCGAAAGAGUGGCGACAGGCUACAAGUGAAGAAGGGCCCAAGACACAAAUGCAGAAGAUAGAAUGGGCACUUCUCACAUAUCCGUAUUCUGAAAUUAAGGCUCUGUUCGACUCUGAGCAUCCCACGCGCAUCUCCCGCAUGUGCAUCGAACUUAUUAUGCGCUUUGCCAUGGUACCCGUUCUCAUGCAUCUAGAGAAGUUCCACAAGGAUCUCUUCUGGAGUACAUUUGGACACACAUUCCUUCCUCAUAAAGCCUCAGUGUUUGGAAAGACGGAGAUCCUUGAAUAUUGGAGAACAUCCCCUACCUUCCUCACCAAGGAGUAUUCUGCGGAAGCCAUUGACAAUGCAAGUCGCGCCAACUCUGUCCAAGCUCUCGACUGGUGGUAUAAUUCUGGCCUAUCGCUCAAAUACACAGAAGCUGCACUUGAACAAGCUAGCUCUCAGGGUCACAUUCACGUUCUCAAAUGGUGGAAGGAGCACAGCCGCCAUAGGACUGCCCCUUCAGUCCCUUCCUCUCCAGUCGAUGAACAGGCUCCUAACAAACCUCACCGAGAUGACCUGCCUCUCAAGGUCGGCAAGUCGAUAACUUACGCAACACAGUCAGGAUGCCUGCCCGCAAUUCACUUCUGGGUAGAAUCCGGCAUUCCCUUCUCGCACGAAGAUACAAUAGCCAAGGUUGCCUCAACUCAUGGUCACACACAUAUUCUAGACUACUGGCGCAAACUCCGCGGCGAAAAGAUUCUCUUCGACAACCAAGUUCUCGUCGGACCAACCAAGAUGGGCCAUGCCGAUGUACUUGAAUGGUGGAAGCGCAGCGGUUUGAAAGUGGAAUACAAAACAUGCGAUAUUGAAGAGGCACUGGAGGAUGGUGUAGAGGGGGCACGGGGAGAUGCUGUAAGGAGGUGGUGGGCAUUGAACGGAUUAAAUCUUGGGGUCGGUACGAGCGAGUGGAUGAGGGUGAAGGUCCUAGGUUCGUGA